AUGAAUCCCAAUCACUUUGGCUACCAGUCGGGUUACCCGCCGAUAUACCAGGGGGGGUUUGCUGGACAGCAACAGCAGCAACAAUCACAACAACAACAACACCAAAACCAACAACAGUGGUUUCCUCCGCAGCAAGAGCAAUAUGGAAUGGGAUAUGCGCCGCUCCCAGGUGUCGUGGGCUAUGGCUUCGUCCCUCCUGCCUUUGCCCCAGGAAUGACCGGCAUGCCACAUUGGCAACAACCUCCGCCGCCGCCGUUCUAUUCGGGAGCAGAUGGAAGACGAGGUUUCAAUACCAACACCAACACCAACCACACCGCUCAACCUCCUCAGCCUGAUUAUUAUCGCUCCAGGUCGCCCAGAGGCAACUCACGGAGAGGGCAAUACAACUACAACAACAGCUACAACAAUAACACUGGCCCGGAACCAGACUAUUAUCGUCCCAGGAGUCCCGUCGGACCCUACUCAGGAGGAGGACGACGAUACAACAACAGAAACACUCGCCCGGAAUCAGACUCUUAUCGCCCCGGACCCUAUUCACGAGGAAGACAAUACCACAGCGACGCUCGCGGCGCAGAGUAUUAUCGUCCCCGGAGUCCCGGGCCCUACUCACGAGAGUACAACAACGGGGGACAAUACAACGACAAUAACAGCAACAGCAACAGCUAUACCCAGCAUCAACAUCAGCAGCACCAGCCGCAAUUACCCCCCAAACCGGCCAAGCUCAACAAAAAGGCCAAAGCCCGCGAAGCAGCAGCCGCCCGCGAAGCAUUAUCCCAGUCCCAAGCUGGCGGCCAACGCCCCAGCAUGAUGCCCUCCUCUCUUUUCCACCAACAAGGCGACAUCCCUCGCGAAGCCAGCGACCCGAUCGUCCCGCCCUCGGCCGCCUCAGGCGGCGUUCCCAACCCGAGCAAGGCCUACCUAAGUCGAGCCUCCUCCUCCCCACCCGCUCGCAUCGUCGUCCCCAAGGCCGAAGAGGGACUCGAGGAACAAGCGCCGCGUCCAAUGCUAGUAGUAAUCGACCUAAACGGCACGCUUUUGCACCGCCCAAGCCGCAAGCGCCCCUCCAAGUUUGUCGAGCGCCCGCUUGCUAAGGAUUUCCUGCGGUACUGCCUCGAGCACUACCAGGUGGUGAUUUGGUCGAGCGCGCGGCCGGUGAACGUCAAGUUGAUGUGCAGGCAGCUGUUGACUGCGCAGCAGCUGGAGCAGGUGGUGGCGAUCUGGGGCCGGGACAAGUUCGGGCUGACGCCGGCGGACUAUAAUGCGCGGGUGCAGUGCUACAAGCGGUUGACGAUGCUGUGGGCGGAUGAGGCUGUGAAGGGGGCGAACCCGUUGGGGGAAGUGUGGGAUCAGGGCAAUACGGUGCUGAUUGAUGACAGUGCGGAAAAGGCGAGGAGCGAGCCGUAUAACUGCAUUACGCUGCCGGAAUUUGUGGGGGAUUUGAAGGAGAAGCCGGAGGUGCUGCCGAGGGUGCUUGAGUAUCUGGAUACGCUAGCCCACCAAGAGGAUAUCAGCAGAUAUAUCCGGGUGAACCCGUUUGACAUCAGCGUGGAUAGCAGCAAGGCUGUGACUGGAGAUGAGGGCGUUGCUCUCGCUUCUCCUCCAGCUGCCGCUCAAGCUGACGGUUCAGGGUAG